AUGGCAGCAACAAAGAAGAGAAAAGUAGAGGUACCAAGUGCAAAGAUAGAUUCUUUCUUUAAGCGUAUCAGCAAACCUCAAAAGCCAACAACAAAUGAAUGCAGUAUUAGUGAAAAUGACGAGAAUCAGUCUUAUAGUCAAGAAUCAAUCACAAAAAAGCCAUUUGGACUAAAGGAUACAACAAUAAUCAAGCCACUAGGGCUAAAGGACACAACAACAUUGAAGCCACUAGGUUUAAAGGACACGACAGCUGUCAGACCAUUAGGAUUAAAAGACACGACAGAACAACCAUUAGGACUAUUAGCAGAUAACAAGCCAUCAAAAGACACAGAUAAAAAGACAAGGCAACCACUGAAAGAAAAAAUGCCACAGUCAUCCAGCCCACUUAGACUUUCUUCCACUGUCAAGGCGGCAGCACGUAGUUUCAAUGUGCUUUGCGAUGAUGAUAUUGAUAAAGGCGUCAAACAGGCUCCUGAAGUGCAACCCAAAGCAUUUCAAGUGCUUGCAGACGAUCAAGAUGAGCUUGACACACAGCAUGUACGCACAUACACACCGAAUAGCUCGCAAUGGACAGAUUGCACUUCUUCACCUAUUGAGUACCCUGAUGAAGGAGAUCAGUAUGGUUCUCAGGAGUCAAACCAAGUUGUGCUUUCACAGCGCAUAGAUGAAAAUGACAUCAGACAAGAUGAAGAAAUAUUGAGACGAACAAAUGAAAAUGAUCUAUAUAACGACGACGAUUAUGAUCUGAGGCUGAUAACAAAGACAACACAUAAAGAAAAUAUUGUUCGUCCGGUAUUAUUAAAGAAAGAAGAAGAGAAAGAAGACGUAUUUGAAGUCUUUGCUGAUGAACCCAAUCUUGUCCCUGCAGGGUCUUCAUCUGGAUUUGGCAUCUUCUUUGAUGAUGAUGAUGAAGAUGAUAAGGAAAAUGACUAUGUUGAUCCAGACUUGGAAUUUUCAAUCUCUAGUGUGACAAGUGUUCCCAUUGAAGACUCGCUACUCACUUUAUCACCUGCAACAGAAGACAAGGUCAAAGAAGUUCAUGCUCCACUUCCAUACCCCAGAGGAGAGAAUAUUGUGCAAAAGCUUGGACUUGAAAAAACCAGCAAUGACGACGAUAACGACGACGACAAAGAAUAA